AUGUUUCUCAGCCCAGUCCUCAUCCUCCGCAUCGUCCAGGGAGUGCUGGCUUUCAUUGCCAUGGCUCUCGGAGCGACAGUGGCCAACGUCUUGAACACCCACCAUCCUGCCCUGGACGUCCCAGCAGGUGUGAUCUUCUUCAUCUUCAUUGCCGUCUUCACCUUGCUAGUCACGGUUCCAUACACAAUCUUGACGCCUCGCUACUUCCCGGUCCUGGCUCAUCCGUUUGCCAUGCUUGCGGCCGAAGCCACCACGUCCAUCUUCUGGCUGGCUGGUUUCGCUGCUGUUGCCGAUCGCUUGCGCAGAUCAGAUAUAUGCCACGUCGGCGCGUGUUCAUCCGCCACGGGCAGCGUUGUGGUGGGGGUCUUCGAGUUCAUCCUCUUUGGCAUCACAGCCUUCUUCGCCUUUUCUCAUAUCUUCCUGGGUGGUAGAUUCAGUGGGAACAAACCCCAAAACAAGCAGGGGCAAGUGCAUCGCACGUGGACCGGGUCUGAGCUUGUGUAA